CUAAAAUUUGUGUAACAUUUUAUUUUAGGAUUUCGCAAUAGCAAAUAUUGUGUCUUCUUAUAAAAUGAUCAAAAAAAUGUAUUUCUACUAAUAUCAACCUUUUAAAAAAUAACUAAUUUAUCCUUAUAUAUUUAACAAGAUCCCAAAAUGGAGGCCCAUGACGAAAAAAGCUUAGAUCCGGAAACGGAACCGCAUUCGUUAUCUCGCGUAUACUACAAAUACCCAAACAUAUGUUAUUAUUCGCCGCAAGACACCCCCUUCUUGGAUAACAGUCGCGAUUCGGAUAAGGAUACGGAAAAUGUGAACGAUAAAAAAUCGCGUUCCAGAAAAGCUACAUACGAAUCCCGCGAAGCAAAAAAUUCUCAAACCAGUGACACUAUUUUGAGUCGUGCAAUAAUUAGUUUGAACAAAACGGAUGAGAGCAAUUUUGGAAUCACAAUUACAGCAUACAAACACAAAAAGGUAAAAAUCGUAGCGGUCCAACUUGGUUCAUCUGCUCAUAGGAGCGACGCGUUGGAGAAAGGAGAUCUUAUAGUUAGCGUUAACGGACAAAAGCUAACAAAAGCCGCACCUUACCACGUUGAAGGUCUGCUGGGAACUAGCAAAAACCAUGUGCAAUUGGAGAUCGAAUAUCCUUUGCCGAAACUAAAUUUUCGGAAGAAUGUAUCUGACAGGUAUGGCACAUGUUUCGUCAAACAGUUCAAAGUAAAGCUAAGAAAGGACGAUAUAAAUUCCAAUUAUGGAUUCGUUGUGAGAGGAGGGCGGCAACCAGUUUACACCAACUCCAUACCUUUCAUCGUAACGAGUAUUCGCCCGGGCGGAUCAGCUGAUAGGGAUGGAUCGAUAAAACCUGGCGACAGGCUGCUUUUUAUAGAUAACCUAAAUCUCGAAAACACGACACUCACCGAAAUGAUCAGCUUGAUUAAACAUUACAACCAAGAUGCCAUAUUCACGUUCGCUUACGAUACCCUGUUCUACGAUAAAAUAACGAAUAACAAAAGUAUUAUCUUGGAAAUCGAGAAACCAAUCGGUGUUGCUCUUGGAAUUAUCUUGUUCUCUAACUCUAACAAGCGCAGAGUUAAGCAACAUCUAAGAAUCAGGAAAAUUAAACCAGCUAGCAUAGCUGACCGAUGUGGAGUUUUAUGCAUCAACGAUAUAAUUUUGAGCAUCGAUGACAUGAACACAGCAGGCAUGUCUACCCUGGAGGCUCAAAGAUUGCUGAAAUACAAUAUGAACAAAAAUAGGCAAACUAUGAAAUUGAUUAUCUACAAAAACGUGACCAAUCAUUUAGGAGACUCCAACAACACGGCCAAAUUUUCUUGCCAUUCCAUCAAAUGCAACGGAAACGGGAGACGACAUAUCGAGGAUAUGCGCGCCGAUGACGGGGAAGAUAAGAACGCCGUCAUAGAAAGACGUUCCUCCAAUAGCUCGCAAACAUCGUUAAGCAGCUUUGAAGAAUCCGAAUGUAACGAUUUUCACCAUAAAAAUUUGCGCCAUACUAAAAAAGGAUGUCACGAUGAUACAUUAUUGAACUAUGAAAGUCAAAGUUCGACACUUUCCUCCGACAAAUUUUUUAAUAAUCAUAUUUCACACAUCGAAAAUAUCGAAAUAAUUAUCAAAUUUGAUUCUCAUGGAUUGGGAAUAGCUUUACAAAAUAAGAUGUAUAACGACAUCACCGGAAAUUAUUUCACCUUCAUAAGCAAUAUAGAUCCGCUCAGUGUGUCCGAGAGGAGCGGCGUUUUACAAGUCGGUGACAAGAUUAUAGAAGUUAACAGACGAAAAAUCGAUAAUGUACCUGCUCAAAAGGUGGCAGAAUGGAUCACUAAUUCAUCAAAAGUAUAUGAUAACAGUCACAUGAAGCUUUGUCGACUCAAGAUUGAAUUCAAAGUUUUAGAGUCUAUAACACUUACAUCAGGAGUUUUCGUUGUCCAGAUUGCCAAGAGACUCAAUUCAGACAUAGGAUUGAAAUUAAUGAGUCCAUUUUCUAGGAAAUUUGGUGAACCUUUGGUUAUAUCAGAAGUCAAAAGAGCAAGUCCUGCCUAUAGGUCUGGAGUAAUUAAGGUAGGAGAUAAAUGUCUAGAAAUUAAUGGGAAUGACGUCACUAAUCAUACCUUAAAAGAUGCUACCGAGUUGUUAAAUACGCAAGAUAGCUUGACGAGGCUCAAAAUAGUCAAAUCGCAGGCUUUAGUAGAAUCUGAAGAUCUGGAUGAUGAGUUUGUAAUGUACGAUGAGAGGGACCUGAUUUACAAAAACAAAAUAGAAAAUUCUCUUUAUUCUACUAACGAUAUUUUCAACAACUCUGUGUCCAUUGAUACAACAAAAUCAAAUGGGAUCAUCAAAAGGCCUAACGUGUCAAAAGAAAAUGAUAACAUUCUAUCUCUCUUCGAUGGGAAAGGAAAUCAAAGUAAACAUUCUUCGAUUGACGAUAACAAAAAUAACGAGAAGAUGUUUUAUCGAAAAAUAAGCGAAAAUCUUUCUUCAAUCGAUAGAAAUUUCCUGGAUUUUACGAACGUUAAAGACGGUCAGGGGAUAAAGAUUUGGCCAUCAUCAAACAAGGUGAUGUAUAAAACUUUGACCAAUCGAAACGAUGAAUUAGGAUCCCAAGCGAAUUACAAAUGGUUUAAUUUUGCGUAUAAUGGCUCCAACGUUACAAACGAGAAUCCAAUCAGAGUUCAAGAAAAACGUAAUGGCAUAAUAUGGGUAGACGAGAAUGAAACCACAGGAGAUGCCCAAAAUACUAUCGCCUUCAGGGGUUCUCUCGAUAACAACCAUGAGUGCGCAUGUCAGAAAAAGACAACAGAAAAUGAUAACAUUAAUGUUAAUCCCAUAUUCAGUUGCAAUAAAAUGAUGUACAAGAAACCCGGCAGUGCGGAAUACAAACUUAUACCGCUCCUUAGUUUAACCCAACUCUCGAAUACAAAUGAAGAGAGCAACAAUACACCAGUACAGAGCAUAGAUAGCGCGGUGGAGUCGCUAGACAGUUCUGGAGGAGACACUCAGUCACCUUUAAUAGAGGGAAAUACGCAGCACGAAAAUUAUUUGCGCUAUCCGGUAUUGAUAAUAAAUGAAAACUCGAAGGAUACGUUUUACCAAGGAUUUUAUAAAUCGAAUAAUUAUUGGUUUCACCACCCUCCGAAUUGUGUGAAUCGGAAUAAUAAUGAGUUGACUACGGGAGAUGGUAACGUGUAUGAUAAUAAAAUAGGGAAAUGCUCAAAAUGCGGGGACAUUAAGCAUAUAGCGAUAUCUUCUUGUUUCGUGGAUAAAUGUGAUAGGGAAGCCCAAAAAUCGAUUGUCGACUCAAAUCUCCUAAUUUACCGAAACCAGCCGACGUCAGAAUCAGGACAUAAUACUUCUCUCAUCGAUCAAUCAUCUAAAACGUGUCAAAAUGGUAAAGAAAAAAUAAUGAUGAAAAUAUGUACGUUGAAUCAAUUAAACUAUAAGGAUUCGCCAUCUCUUCUUUCCAACAAGAAAACAUUUAUAAGCGUUGUCGAUCAACAUAUCCCAAAAUUAAUUAAACCCCCACAAAAAAUGGAUAUGACUAAAAAUCUGUUGAAAUAUCGCCAAGACCUCAGAUCGCAGCUCAGUCAACCUAAUAACUUCUCAUUACCAGUAUCGCUUGAAAAUCCUUAUAAAGCUAACGAUUGGGACACUAUUUUUGAUAACGAGAAACUAUCCGAAAACGAUUUAAUAAAGCAAAUCGAAAAAACGAUAAUGGGAAUAUCGCUGCUAACGAGGCCUACUAAUCAUUACGAUCUCACUUCUAAUCCGAAGAAUUUAUCGAUUAAAAUUAGGAAUAUUAAUGACUCCAAAAAAAUUUCAAAUUUGUCUAUGAACUCACCGAAAGUGGGAGAUAAAUGCUUUAAUGAUCACAAUGCGAUAAUGGAUGUAAAGGAUCUCACUAAUGUCCCUAUUACCAUGUCAAAUGACCAUUUGAUAAAUAAUAAAUUUAAGAAUGCUAACGAUCGAAAUGAUCUCUUUAUAUCGCUCAAUUGCAACCAAAUAAGUAAUUCAAAGCUUAAACAUUUAGAUAUACUAAAUCCAUCCUCAAGAAAAAACGUGACUCAAACUUUAUACAAUACUAAAUUAGAUAAAGUUAAUAAUGCUACCGAGUUCUUACCCACCGACUCAGAGGAAAAUCAAACGUCCACGUCUACUUUGAAUACGGUUAUAUACUGCGGAGGAGGAAAAGAUAAGAACGAUUCCGCCUCUCAACGUUUUGACGAUAAAACUUUGUUUAAACCGAAUCACAAUUAUAUUCUAAAUAAUGUAUUGGUUACUAAUACCAUCUAAAAAAAUUUUAUAUAAAAAAUAAUAUUCUAAAUGAUCUUCAUGUUUUAUAAAUAUUAUUUAUGUACACAAUGUAUUUCUUAAUAUAUACAAUUUUAUAUUAAAAAGAAAUUAUGUUUCUUCAAAUUAUAUACUAUAAAAUUAAGUUU